GCUCAGUUAAGAAUUUACCGCGAGGAGGGAUGGAUUAUGUUGCGGAAAAGAAAACAGAAUAUUCCAAAAAGGAGUGAAAAUCCAGAGGACCACCAGGAAUUAAGAGGUGACGAACCUGAUAUUGAACUCACAGAGGAUACUUCAAAACUUGAAGAGUUAGAACUAGACGGAGAAUCAGCCCAAGAGAUAGAACCUAACCCAGAGCUAGAUCCUAACCCAGAGAAGGACGACUCUAUUCCAGAAAAAAUGCCGAUUUUAGAUUCAGAAAAAGAGGGGAGUGAAAAAUCGGAAAGUCCGCAACCCUCAUCACCGGCUCGUUCCUCUCCACCUCCUUUAUCUCCACCACCUUCAUCUCCGCCACACUCGUCUCCGCCUCCUAUGGCGGAGAGUCCUAUGUUGAAGAUGAAGGAUCAGCAGGAGCUGAUGGCGAAUCCUAUGGAUCUCUUGAAAAACAAUCCUUUUCUUCUCCCAGCACAGUUUCUAGCUCUUAAUCCCAGUCUCUACGCUGCUCAGCUGGCACAGCUUCAAGCUGCUCAGAUCAUGUUAGCAAGGCAGCAGCAUGAAGCUCUCCUAGGGGUCCAAGAAAAUGGAGAAGCUUUGGGACGAAAAAGAUCAGCUGAUGAGGAUUUGUUUGAAUCAAAACAAAAACUACCACGACCAAGUUCUCCUAGAGAUUUUGACUCUGGGUUAAAAUCCGAGAAACCUUUAGAUUUGUCUGGGAGUCGGAGUCCUGAACUUAAACCCGGGAACAACUACUUUAAUCCUCUGAUGCCUGCUGGUCUUCUCUCAUUCUUCAACCAUCUCCGACCCCCAACCUCAAUGCCGCAUGAUUUUCCUCAACGUAAAUCUCCCUCCCAUUCCCCACCAACACGAACACACACAAACCCUUGGCACGCGCAGUGGUCAAACAAGCAUAAUGACACCGCCAAACCGGAGGACGUGUUCAAGUGUGUGUGGUGUAAAGAGAGCUACCAAAGCCUAGAAGGACUCACAGUUCAUAUGAAGGAGGCGAAACAUCAUUCUCUUCCCAACUAUUCUUCUCAUGGUCUUGGAUCUCCUAAUUCCUCUCAUCAUUCUCCCAUCCACUCUCUUCCCUCUCCAUCCAAACCUAGAGAUGUUCUCCGGGAUCAGAUGCCUCUGCCCCGUAAACUAGUUCGAGGACAGGAUGUAUGGAUAGGAAGAGCAGAUGAACAAACCCGAGAUAUUCUCAAGUGUAUGGGAUGCGGACAGAGCUUUAGAAGUUUAGAUCUUCUUACUAAACACAUGCAGGAGACUCAGCACUAUAAAAAGGUCAUUUCACAUGAUCAGAUUUCCUCGUGGAAAUAUCCAGAAUCUCAUCAAACCAGUGUCAAAAAUCAUGUUAGCUCCGUUUUAACCUGUAAAGUGUGUGAUAAAGGAUUCGGAACACUAAAAGAUCUGAGUGAUCACAUGGUGCGCGCAAACCACUACACAGGGGACAAAAUGCCCCGUAACAUUCCCAGUCAGGCUCAGCUGAAUAAGGAGAGGAAGAAGGCGCUGCCGGUGAAGAAGCUGCUGGAGCUGGAGCGAGCUAGGCAGGAAGUUGCCGGCAACUUCUCCCCCGUGAGUGCCAGAGAGAUCAUGGAGUCUGGUAAACUAUUGUGUGAACGAUGUGAAGAGAAAAUAACCAUUGAUAUAUUUAUACCUCAUAUCCAGCAGUGCGUGGGUAGGCCGCGCUUCCUUAAAAAUACAGAGCCUGAGCCAACAAUCCCGACCACUGGUAAUAAAGAUGGAAACUGCGGCAGUAAAUCUGACAUGAAGGAGAAUGGUUCAGAUGGAGGAAACUCCAUACUCGGGUCAUUAGAACUCUUGGUGAAAGGAAACUUUCAAGGUUCGGCCCGUCAGGUUUCUUCAGGACCAAGUCCAGUACCAAGGUUUCAACCUCCUCAGUUCUCUCCGGAGAACAAGUUCAAUAUCAGUAAUCUGUUUCCUAGCAGAACCUCUCCGGGUCUCAGCUCUACAUCGGGUUCCACAAGUAAACCUGAUUCUCCUGUUCCAAUCCGGGGAACCAUCCUGGCAGAUAAACUUGCCGGGAUUGAGCCCGGGAAUCUAAAGGAAGAGGAAAGAAUGUCUCCAGGUAGUGAGAAAAGCAGAUCUAGUCCUGUAAUCAAGUCUGAGGAUGAAAGGAUGGAUCAGAUCAAGGUUCCAACUCCGCUCUCUAGUCCGGAGCAAGGAAGCGGAGGAGGUGGUGGAAACCCUCUUGCUCAGCUACAGAUGUUCUGUGAGGAUCAGAAGAAGAGUCCUAAGGCCGGAAGAAGGGAAACCAGUGCAAGUCCUAUGUCUGAUCCAGGAGCAAUCCUUGCUUUCUCUUGGGCCUGUAACCAGGCCGUAUCAGCAGAUUCUGUUAUCAAAUGUCCUUUUUGUGAUACACCCUUUAUCUCCAAAGGCGCGUACCGACAUCAUCUCUCCAAGAUGCACUUUACCAAAGAGAACCUGGGAGGAAUGACUCCGGGUACAGGAUCCGUCCCUGCUAACGGUCCUCGAACCCCGUCUCCAGAUACCAAAGAUGCUGAGGAGAGUCUUCAGUCCAAGUAUCAUAAGUAUUCCCAGCUUGCUAAACAGCUGUCUUGCUGUGAGGGAACAAACUAGAUUUAUCUUAUCAUCUUUCAUUGUUAUGUCAUUAUUAAUAUAAUUAUAAAUUUGAAUCGUUUAAAA